AAGGGCCUUUUCCCCUAGUUUAACCUAUGGGUGGUGGAAGUGACAUCUCGAGCGAGCGUACUUAGGUAGCAGGCUAGUUUGGCUGCUGGAGGCCAGGGGAAGGGAGUCAGUCACCAGGCAGUCCCUAACGAGAUGGUACUGAUGACCGACCAGCCACAAAGUCCUUUAACUCCUCUCUCUUCGCCAGAUGAAGUCAGAUCCGUUAAGACAAACGGCAGAAAAGAAUUACGAGAUCUACACUUCAUCUUUGAGGCAGAAAAUGGAGGAGAGGAAAGGCAGAGGAGAAACGGGAGGCCUGCUGCUGCCCUACAACUGUCAUUGGAGGCCGAGUCGGAUCUGUCUGAAUGCAGGAGAAAACCAACACUCGUGAGGUCAAAAACAUUUGAUCAUUCCCCUCUCUCGCCAAUCUCAAGUGACUACGAAGCAAAGAUUGAUCGGAAAAAGUCCCAGACCAGCCAGUUCUCAAAGACAAAUGCCCAGUAUCACAAGAUUUUCACUGAGAUCAGUAAGGAUGAGCUGCUUCGACAAAGUUACACAUGUGCUUUGCAAAAAGACAUUCUCUACCAGGGAAAAAUGUUUGUGUCUGACAACUGGAUUUGUUUCCAUUCCAAAGUCUUUGGUAAAGAUACGAAGAUUGCUGUCCCAGUGCUGUCUGUGUCCCUUAUUAAAAAAACGAAAACUGCCAUUUUGUUGCCAAAUGCACUUGUGGUGGCCACCACAAAUGAGCGGCACGUCUUCGUAUCGUUCCUCUCUCGCGACACCACUUACAAGGUCCUGAGAUCUGUGUGUUUCCAUCUGGAUGGAAUUAGCACGGGAAGCAGUCCAAUGCCUUCUUCUGCAGAGAGCAGCUUCAGAUCCGAUCGUCCCGCCUCUCUUCCUCUGGACUUCUCUCGGGAUUUCUCCGAUUUGGACGGGACUGUGAGGCAGAGGAGGCAGGAAAUGGAGGAGAGCAGCAGCUCUGGAUCCCAGACCCCAGACUACGACAAAAUGGCGGAAUUCCCAGUCCUCCCCGAGACCUUCCUGAACGUGGUGAAGCAAGGCGAGGUGCCGGUCCUCGCAGACGUUCACCUGCAGCAGACCCCGGACGCUGCCCUGGGGCAGCAGCCGAAUGGUCCCUCCCAGGCUGCAGUGGUCGUCCACAAAGCAAAGUCCCUGCACCCGGUGUCCCUGAAUACCCUUCUACUCGUGUACUUGUUUUUAGUGUGCCUCCUGGUCUUCUCCUCCUGUUACAUGGCCUUCAAGAUCGUGGCCCUGGAGCAGCGUCUGUCUUCCCUCGGGACCCUGGCGGAGUACCCGCACAACGAAAAUGUGGUGUACCACAGACCCCAGAUGGAGGUGAAUGCUGAAAUCUAUGGAGAGUUAUCUACAAACCUAUUAAAGCUGGAAAAGAUCCAGAGGAACCUGCAGAAGUUACUGGAGGAGGCUGAGUGAAUCAUAAUGUUUUUCUGCACUUCUGUUGGAGGAUCCCACUCAGACCUGGAGCCCCUGUCAGCCUCACCCCCACAUUCAGACUGGCUGGAAUCUCCGACCUGGGAUGAAACUAAAGGAACUGCAACAUUGACAGCCACACAAAAGUUCAAGGCCUAAAUCUAAGAUGUCCACUGCCUCAGUCGUGCAAUAUGGUUGCUCUCUCAAACCUCUCAGGACUCGACUGCACUACACACUGCACUGCGUCUGUUACAUUCACCUAGUGGUUCAAAUAAAGGAGAAAUCAACGGUUACAA